UUAUGAUCAAUGGGUCGGUUUGGGUGGCACGGUUUGGGGCGGUUAUCUGUGGUAUAUCUUUUUGUUCGUUUUCGCUUUUGCGUUUGUUGUUCGUCACGAUCAUAUCCUUAUUGUUUUUUAGGAGGACACCGUGAAUUCUGGUGUAUAUUGAAGCGCGAGCCGCAGGUCCACCAGUCAGUUCGAUGCAACGCUGGUUUGCAGAACCGCCUCGCUUUUUCUUUUACUCCCUUCUGCGAGUGUUUCAUGCAAUGUUCAGCGAGGAGCUGGUGAUAUCAUUACCCUGUGUCUUUUCUCGGGCCCCUUCUGCAAUCGCGUCCGGGCCGUUGUCGACUGCAAGAUGAUUUCGGGUACUGAAGCAGCGUUGUGCAGGAGAUGUAUAUGAGAAACGUUUACUUCUCUUGUAUCAUUUGUGAGGGAUGGUUUUCUCGAGUAUUUUAUUAUUUGGGAGGGAAGGACUCUUUUUUUUACUUCUCUCUCACGUUCAUGUUUUUCUUUUGUUUCAAUUCACGAUUUGCACAUGUGGGUGGUUCUCUGUUCGACUCGAUCGAUAUCCGGCUCGUUGUAUUCGGGAAAAGUAGGGUCAAUUCAAGUAUAAUUAUCUGUAUUUCUUUGCUUUCUUUUCUCCAUAACUUGAUACCAUCUCCGUUUUUCUCCAGUCUGUCUUUCUUUUCUGUUGGGGUUACCUUUAUGAAUGUCAUAGCCAUGACACUUACAUCUACGCAAACAACAAUGCUAUGCACGGUCUCGACUCGGACAUCAAGGAAAGAAGCAUAUGACACAACAAGAAAGCAGGAAAAGAACAAAAAUUGAAGAUGUCACCGUAACAAACCCAAACCAACCCACGAACCAGGGUUCUCAUACCCCCAAUCCACCA